UUUGGUUGUAAAUUUUUUUUGAGUGGGAUUACCAAUUGCCGAGGGAGAUUGAAAUUUUCUUAACCAAGAGAAAAUGUUGAUAUGGUUUUUGGCGUUGCCUAAAUGGAAGGCAAUCAGUUGUUGGUAAUCGCAUAUAUGGGGUAGAGUAACUUGCUUUUUGUUAACCACGGAUUACUUUCGAUAAUAAUUUGGAGUGAGUGACAAGCCGAAUCUAAUUUAUGAGUGGGCGUGUGUGUAAAUAUGCCAUAAAGCAGGGGUAAAAGAAUGUGAAAACAGCAUUGGAAUUGAGGAACCUGUGGGCGCCUUGAAUAUAGGAAAAAGAAGCGGCGAGAUGGUGCGCAGCUCAUCUUGGUAAAUCAUCAGGGGCAGCGAGUCGAGAUAGAGAAAGCAAGGCAAGGAUGUCAGGAGGCAUCGCGCGUGGUCGUCUCGCCGAGGAGCGAAAAGCCUGGCGUAAGAAUCAUCCCCAUGGUUUCGUGGCUAAGCCAGAGACUGGUCCGGACGGUUCUGUCAAUUUGAUGGUGUGGCAUUGCACCAUCCCUGGUAAGGCUGGGACUGAUUGGGAAGGGGGCUACUUCCCACUUACUUUGCACUUCAGUGAGGACUACCCUAGCAAACCCCCAAAGUGCAAGUUCCCUCAAGGUUUCUUCCACCCUAAUGUCUACCCAUCUGGAACUGUAUGUCUCUCGAUCCUCAAUGAAGACAGUGGUUGGAGACCUGCCAUUACAGUGAAACAAAUUCUAGUGGGCAUUCAAGACUUGCUGGACCAGCCCAAUGCUGCAGAUCCAGCACAAACUGAUGGGUAUCAGCUCUUCAUCCAGGAACCCGCAGAGUAUAAAAGAAGGGUGCGGCAACAGGCCAAGCAAUAUCCACCUCUUGUCUAACUGAUGCUCGCCCUUGCUAAAUACAAUUAGCUCAUUAGUCAGCAGUCCCCUGUAUUUAUAUGUAAUACUUCUGUUGAGAUUGCGUGCAAUGGUCCUAGUGGACACUCAGAAAUGACAAAAGCUUUCUGGGUGCCUUUUUAAGUGGUGGAGAUCUAUAAUUACACUUGUUUUGUGUGACUAAUAUGGCUGAUGUGGUUACUUCAGGAUUUCUGAGUUUCACUAGAAGUCUAAGACAAGCACGUAUAAGAUGAUAGACAUUAUCUA